GGAUGUAAAGUGUCUUUUCUGUCCAGCAGACGAGGAGGAGCGUGAGUGUGUGAGUCUGGGAAGAGACUCGUGCACUUUCAGGACUCAGGAGUCUGCAGCUCCGACGGAACCAGGGAGGAGGUGAGGGGGGUUCGCUGCCUGGACUCCAGACGGAGACGGAGCUCCGCCGUCCCGGGACGCGCACUCGCCUGCAGGACUCGGAGUAAAGCGGACCGACGACAUGGAGCGCAUGAACGGAGCAGCGGCGCUGCUGCUGCUGCUGCUCGGAGCCUGCUGCUGCACCGGCCCCGGGAGGAGAGUGUGCCAGGGGAUGAGCAACCAGCUCACGCAGCUCGGGACCCGUGAGAAUCACUAUGACAACAUGGCGAGGAUGUACUCCAACUGCUCAGUGGUGCUGGACAACCUGGAGGUCACCUACACCCUGGAGCACCAGAACCUGUCCUUCCUGCAGUCCAUCGAGGAAGUGGGCGGCUACGUCCUCAUCGCCAUGAACGAGGCGGCGACCCUCCCCCUGCUCAAUCUGAGGCUGAUCCGGGGGCAGAACCUCUACGAGGACCGCUACGCCCUGCUGGUCAUGUCCAACUACAACAGGAACCACUCGUCCGCCACGCUGAACUACACCAGCGGCCUGCGGCGGCUGGAGCUCAGCAGCCUCACCGAGAUUUUGACCGGAGGGGUGAAGAUGACCCACAAUCCUUUGCUGUGUAACCUGGAGACCAUCCAGUGGUGGGACAUCGUGGACCAGACCAAGAACAGCAGCAUGUAUUUCAAGCCCGACCCGUUCCCACGGCGAUGUGAGGCGUGUGACCCCGGCUGCACCAGCGGCUCGUGUUGGGCGGCGGGACCGGACCACUGCCAGAAAGUCACCAAGCUGCGGUGUGCGGAGCAGUGCAGCGGGAGGUGCCGCGGCCCCGAACCCAUCCACUGCUGCAACCAGCACUGCGCCGCCGGCUGCACCGGCCCUCGAGCCACCGACUGCCUGGCCUGCAGGGACUUCAACGACGGGGGAACCUGUAAGGACGCUUGUCCUCCGCUGACCAUUUACGACCGGAAAACCCAGACGGUGGUCAGCAAUCCCAACGCCAAGUACACCUUCGGAGCCACCUGCGUCAAAGCCUGCCCACACAACUACGUGGUGACGGAGGGCUCCUGCGUUCGUACCUGCAGCGCUGGGAUGUACGAGGUGGAGGAGAAGGGAGUCCAGCGCUGCAAACCCUGCGAUGGGCCGUGUCCUAAAGCCUGUGACGGCGUCGGGGUCGGCUCGCUGGUCAACACCAUCGCUGUCAACGCCUCCAACAUCGAGUCCUUCAGGAACUGCACCAAGAUCAACGGGGACGUCCUCCUGGUCGAGGCCUCCUUCACGGGGGAUCGUCACUAUAACAUCCCGCCCAUGGACCCUGAGAAGCUGGAGAGCUUCAGGACGGUGAAGGAGAUCACCGGUUUCCUGAUGAUCAACUGGUGGCCCCGCAAUCUGACGUCUCUGUCGGUGUUUGAGCAGCUGGAGAUCAUCAGGGGGAGAACCACCUUCCUGAAUCGUUUCAGCCUGGUGGUGGUGAACGCCAAGCGGCUGCGGUGGCUCGGCCUUCGCUCUCUGAAGGAGGUGAGCGCCGGCGGGGUUCGCCUGACGGGCAACGCCGAGCUGUGCUACACCGACACCGUGCAGUGGUCCCACCUCUUCAGAUCCAAGGACCAGAAAACCACCAACACCGACCCCCUGGCCGCGUGCGAGCGGCAGAACCGGACCUGCGACCGGGAGUGUUCGGAGGAGGGCUGCUGGGGUCCGGGUCCCACCAUGUGCGUGUCCUGUCGGCACUCGGAGCGCAGGGGGCGCUGUGUGCUGCUCUGCAACCUGCUGCAGGGCUCACCUCGAGAGGUGGAGAUGAACGGGAGCUGCGUCGAGUGUCACCCCGAGUGUCUGGUCCAGACGUCCAGCCCGACCUGCCAUGGACCGGGCCCGGACCAGUGCUCCCACUGCGCCCACUUCAAGGACGGCUCCCACUGCGUGCUGCGCUGCCCCCACGGCGUCCUGGGAGACGGAGACACGCUGAUCUGGAAGUAUGCUGACGAGGCGGGCCGGUGCCAGCUGUGCCACCAGAACUGCUCCCAGGGGUGUUCUGGACCCGGACUGUCCGGAUGCACGGGCCCUGCGGCGUCCUCCCUGCUGGCGGUGCGCGUGGUUGGGGGACUCCUGGUGGUCGUCAUCGUCUCGCUGGUCGUCCUGGUGUUGCUACGGCGACGGCGGAUCCGGAAGAAGAGGACGACGCGGCGCCUCAUGCAGGAGAUGGAGCUGGUCCAGCCGCUGACCCCGAGUGGCCACGCCCCCAACCAGGCCAUGCUGAGGAUCCUGAAGGAGAUGGACUUCAGGAAGGUCAGGGUUCUGGGCUCCGGGGCCUUCGGGACCGUCUACAAGGGUUUAUGGAUCCCUGAAGGGGAGAACGUGAAGAUCCCCGUAGCCAUCAAGGUCCUGAGAGAGGCCGCGUCCCCCAAAGCCAACCAGGAAAUCCUGGAUGAGGCCUACGUGAUGGCGAGCGUGGAGCACCCCCACGUGUGUCGGCUGCUGGGGAUCUGCCUGACGUCGUCCGUGCAGCUGGUGACCCAGCUGAUGCCCUACGGCUGUCUGCUGGACUACGUCCGGCACCACCAGGACAACGUCGGUGCUCAGUGGCUGCUCAACUGGUGCGUCCAGAUCGCCAAGGGGAUGAACUACCUGGAGGAGCGUCACCUGGUGCACCGAGACCUGGCGGCGAGGAACGUCCUGGUGAAGAGCCCCAACCACAUCAAGAUCACCGACUUCGGCCUCGCCAAGCUGCUGACCGCCGAUGAGAAGGAGUACCACGCUGACGGGGGAAAGGUUCCCAUCAAGUGGAUGGCGCUGGAGUCGAUCCUGCAGUGGACCUACACCCACCAGAGCGACGUCUGGAGCUACGGGGUGACGGUGUGGGAGCUGAUGACCUUCGGAUCCAAACCCUACAACGGCAUCCCGGCCAGCGAGAUCGCGGCGGUGCUGGAGAGCGGCGAGCGGCUGCCGCAGCCCCCCAUCUGCACCAUCGAGGUCUACAUGAUCAUGGUCAAAUGUUGGAUGAUCGACCCGUCCAGUCGUCCCCGGUUCCGAGAGCUGAUAGUGGAGUUCUCCCAAAUGGCCCGAGACCCGUCCAGAUACCUGGUCAUACAGGGUGACCUGCCCAGUCCAUCGGACAGCAGGUUCUACUCCCGCCUGCUGAGUUCCGACGACGCCGAGGACGUCGUCGACGCAGACGAGUACCUGCUGCCGUACAAACGCACGUGUAACCAUGACAACCGUCCCUGCAGCAACACGAACGGUCAUCCAGUCAGAGAGAACAGCAUCGCGCUGCGAUACAUCACCGACCCCACUCACAACGCCCUGGAUAAAGACGAGCUCAGCGGCCACGAGUACAUGAACCAGAGUGUGAGUGAAACCAGCCGGAACAGCAGGCUGUCGGACGUUUUGAAUCCCAACUACGAGGACCCGGGCCGGGGUCCGAGCUCCCUCUCCUCCCCGCCAGAGGAUCCCAUGCUCCCUGGACCCGAGUACCUGAACACGGUCCAGAGCUGGUUCCCCCCGGCAGCCACCGACAGCCUCCCCGACCCCGACUACCACGCAGACUUCCUGCCAGAGACGGCCACCGCAGGAGCUUCAGCGGAGAACGGUUUGUUCCUCCCGGCGGCGGAGAACCUGGAGUACCUGGGUCUGGGGGCUGCACUGCACGCUCCCGUCCGCUAGGGGGCAGCAGCCUGCAGGCAGUCGGGCUGAAGCUGCUCCUGGAGACGGCCUGUGGUCUCCUUCAACUCAGCUGAUUUCUAUUUAACCGCCUUACCGUCGGUUUUCCAGGGAAUGUGGACUCAGAGAGCUGAAACGGAACCAACAAGCUUUUCUUCUGUGUUUGAGAAGAACCUUUUGGAGAAGUGGGACUAAAGCAAACUUCAAACCUCUUCAGUUGUUUGCAGCUGGAACUCUGACCUCUGUAACUGCAUUGGUCUCAAACACGUGGAAGGACACGAGAGCCCUCAGAGCGUCACGGACUACAACCAAAGCGUUCCUGCUUGCUCCCCCCUCGGUUCUCCUCCAUCCCUCGUUCCUCAGUGUUGACAUUAGUGAGCGGAGCGACGUCUGACGUCGUACGGAGCAGCGUCCCACUCAAGGGUCGACGUUGGGUUUCAGUUCUGCUACAGAACCACUGGCUUGACCCCAAAGAAUGACCCUCACGGUCAAAUGUCCACUUUUAUUACAGAAAUGAACAUAUUUACAGUCGGGAUUUUAAAAAUAAUCCAGUUUUGGUCUCCAUAGUUUCACGUCCAUGACAACUGCAGAACCUUUUAGGUUUGGAGGUUUUAUAACUUUGAUGUACCUCAUCAAGUAAAUUGUACAAAUGACCAGAUUUAUGUAUAAUUGAGGGCGUGUGGUUUAUCUGGCGGCUGCUGCGGUUAAUGGCAAGCUGUCAUCCCUUUAGCUACGUAGCGAUUAGCACUGUUGUGACUUCUGAACUGUGAAUAAACACCAAACUCCACAUGAUCAUUCUCAUUUUAC